AAGUACGUCUAUAGCACGGUGAUUUCCAUGAAGAUGGGUCGAAUGGCUUGAGAAAAACGUCCGUCUCACGAAAUCCAUAGGAAGUUGUAGCUUCCGACUAUUGCAGGAGUCAACAUCAAGCGUGACUGAGGGUUCGUCGAACAAGCAACGCCUGGUAUGUGGCAUUUGUGGAAGCGUGGUGCUUCUUGCAGGCGCUGGUCGUUGGUCCAACAGAAACGCGAUGCUGCCACUUUGCCGUCAAGAGAAGAACGUAGCCACGCAGAAAGAAGCAGUUUCUGGGUUCUGGAUUGUUCGAGACAUGUACGACUUUGAGAACGUGGGAUUUACGAAUUCAGCUGAAGGUGUGAAAUAUUUGGCGUGUGCCGAUUGCGAAUUUGGCCCUAUAGGAUUCCUGGAUGCCGAGACGAAGCUGCAUUAUGUCAGUCACGCAAGGAUUUCUCUUCAUUAA